AUGAGUGUCAACUUGCGGAACAUGUUAGAUGGAUCAUCGAGAAGCUCACACUAUCCUGGUAAUGAUCUAGACACCACAUCAUUAGCUUUGGAGAAGGCAAUCCAUGAAGUUCUUUUACUUCAUUGCCUUAAUGUGGAUGAUAUUCAUGGUCAAGGAUAUGAUGGUGCAAGUAAUAUGCGUGGUGAAUGUUAUUCCUAUUUGUCAAUUGUUUUAUACUUAACUGAUAUAAUCAAUUUGGCUGCUUUUUCAAACAAGUGGCAUGAACAAUUAAGAGACACUGAGUCAUCUCAUAUCGCGAAGUUGAUUGACACUAGUGAGCUUGAAACUGGCAAAGGGAAAAAUCAAGUCGAUACUCUCCAACGUCUAGGCGAUACCCGAUGGGGAUCUCAUUUAGCUUCUCUCAAUAGCUUGAUAAGGAUGUUCGAUUCCGUCUGUGUUGUAUUACAAGAUAUCAUUAAGUCUGGCAACCUUACUCAAAGAAGUGAAGUUGAUGGAAUAUAUGAUGCAAUGAUAUCCAUUAAAUUUGUUUUCAUCUUGCAUUUCAUGAUUGAGAUGAUUAGAAUCACUGAUGAUCUUUGUGAAGCAUUGCAAGAACAUGGGUGGGAUCCUUUAUUUGAGGAAGUGAAGUUAUUUUGUAAAGAUCAUGAGAUAGAAGUCCCCAAUUUAAGUGCUCCAUACAAAGUUGGUCGAGGUCGGUCUUGUAUCCAGAGAGAAAACCUCACAAUUGAGCAUCACUAUCGGCUUGAUAUAUUCAUUGUUGGUAUUGAUUCAUUGCUAACAAAAAUGAAUUCUCCCUUUAAUGAUGAGGUAGUGGAGUUACUUGUUCUUAGCUCCGCUUUGGAUCCACACGAUUACAAAGCUUUUUCGGUGGAAGAUAUCUAUAAGCUUAUGAAUUCUUUUUAUCCAGAUGAUUAUACAGAGCAAGAAAAGCUACACAUGAAGAUUCAAUUGGAGCAUUUUCAACUUUAUGUUCAUCAGAGCACAGAAUUACAAAAAGCUUCUAUAGUUAUCGAGUUGUCUCAAGUACUAGCUAAGACAAAUAAGUCAAGUAUUUAUCAUCAUCUUGAUAGAAUUAUUCGUCUUAUGCUAACUCUUCCCAUGUCUACUACAACAACCGAACGAGCAUUUUCAGCCAUGAAAAAUGAAGACAAGGCUUCGCAACAGAAUGGAGGAUGA